AUGACAGACACGUUUGAAAUAGUAUUUGCUGUACCUAUGGAAUGUGACUCGUGUGUUGACUCAAUUGCUAGUGUAUUAAAAAGCUUGGACGGAGUUGAAAAAUUCAACAUCAAUUUGAAGGAUAAUCUCGUCGUUACUGAGGGAUCAUUACCACCGAGUGAGAUAUCAAAAGCCAUUCAAAGCACUGGUAAGGAUGCUAUAAUCAGAGGCACUGGAAAACCUGAUUCUGCUGCCGUUUGUAUAUUAGAAUCUUUUGAUCCCAAUGACAUUCAGCACCCAGUGAAGGGAUUAGCAAGACUUGUUGAGGUCUCCCCAAAUGAUCUAUUUGUUGAUUUAACUGUAAAUGGAUUGCCCAAGGGUGUUUACUAUCCCUCUAUUCGCACAUCUGGGAACUUAUCAGAGGGUGCAUUAUCUACAGGGCCAAGCUUUUAUGAAUUGAGCCCAAUCGAAGUGAACACACCAGUGAACUCAGAGACCACCAUUAGUUCCAGAGGAGCAAAGUCGGUGGAGGAUUCAACUUUAUAUGCUGGUCAAGCUUUUCUUCAUGCCAAGCUUAAUAUUAAUCAAUUAAUUGGCAGAAGUGUCAUUUUGUCGAAAAUCAAGGAUCAAGUGGCUCCAGAUUCUUUGUGUGGAGUUAUUGCCAGAUCAGCUGGGGUUUGGGAAAACGAUAAACAGAUAUGCAGUUGUAGUGGUAAGACAGUAUGGCAAGAAAGAGUCGACGCAAGAGUUAAAGGGGUACAUGUAUAG